UUUCAUUUUCAUAUUUCAGCAGAAAGAAAAUGUCAUGGCUUUCUGACUUAACAGGGAAAGCAGAAGAUUUCUUGAAUCGAAUUGAUCAAUCAGCAGCUGAUGCGUUGACCAAAGACGAAGCUGCCAGGGCAAAUAAACCAAUUGCAAACAGCUAUUAUGCAAAUUCCGAAAGCGGUCACUCUGGGAACACAUGGGAGGCACCAAAAGUACCUUCUUUGUGGACUUCACAUAGUGUUCCUUCCAAUUUGAAUGACAUGAACAAUUCAAACACAGAUCUAAACAGUUCAAUGGUGAGCACUCCAUUGAAACAGAGUAAGAAGUUUUCAAAUGCUGCAUCGUCAAGCCCAACAAGAAACAGUAAAAAGAAAGACUCUGAUGAUGCUUUGUUUGAAUUUCUCAAUGAGACGAAGAAGAUAUCUUCAGGAUCCAGUAACAAGCAUUCACGACAAUCCAGUAUGUCAUCCACAAUUUCCAACCUUGUUCCAUCACUGGAACCAAACGAUGAGUUAAGUACAUCAAAUGGCUUUCACAAUGAAAAUGAUGUUCCAGACUUGGAGAGUGUGACAGACUCACCAAUGACACGGUCAUUUGUCAAUGUUGAUGCGAAUGCAAACAGUUUAGAUAUGGUUGAUACAUCACCAGAAAAGGCUGUGAUAAACAUGGAAUCUUUGUCAAACAAUCCACAUGACCAAGUGAAUGCAUCUCAGCUGGAAAUCCGUCUUCUUCAUAGUGAGAUUGAAACUUUGAAUAACGAAAUGGCAUCAAUGGUAAAUCGUGCUAAAUCUUCAGAAAAUGAAUUGGAAGCUGCUCUAAAGAAGAUAAAUGGAUACACUGUAUUUGCUGCAAAAAAUGACCAAAUCAUACGUGAGUUACAAUCUCGUGAGAUGGACGUACAAGAAGCACUUAACUGCAAAGAUUCUCAGUUAGCUGUGUUGAAAAUUCGACUGGAAGAAGCUGAUGCUGAUCUCAGGAGGAGCCAGAGCAUGCUAGAAAAACUGGAGAAAGAAAACAAUCGUGUUCUGAUGGAUCACUCAGCUUCCAGUGGAGUCCAGAAUCAGGCUUUGGAAACAUUAAAGACCAGGUUAUCUGAAUUAGAAGAUACAUUAAAACGCGAACAAGAGGCUUACCAAAAAGUACAGGCUGAGGCUUCUGAAAGACAAAGCAGGCUGGAAUAUGAACAGCAAGGAUUGGCAGAGCAAUUGAAUGUUUGUCAUAAAAAGAUGAAUGAUGAGAAAGGAAAAUCAGCUGACCUCACACAACAAUUGAAGACAGUGAAAAUGAAUUUGGAAGGGGCCAGGCAAGAACUUUCUGACUAUAAGGAAAAAGCAUCCAGAAUUCUUCAGUCUAAAGAACGUCUCAUUGCCAGUUUACGCAAUGGCUCAGAAGAAGCUGAUGACAGCAGAGGGGUGUCUACAGAAGAAUUUAAUUCAGUCAGAACUGAACGAGAUAUGUACAGAGAUGAGUUACAGCAAAUUAAGUUGAGCUCAGAAAAUGCUAAAGUUGAAUUACAGGAUAUUGAAUCUCAACUACAUUUGGAUCGGGAAUCUCAUCGGGAAGAAAUAGACUUGUUGCAGGACCAACUGGUAGAUGAACGACGCAUCAAAGAGGAAACUGAACAAGAUUUGUUGAAACAAAAGAAGGAACUUCACUACACCUUGGAAGAGCUUCAUAAGCAGAAGGCACUGUUCCAUAGUAAACUCAAAGAAAGAGAUGAAGAAGUCGAUAACUUGAAAAAUCAGUUAAUGACAAAAAGCCUACAUUCAAAUACAGAGGAUGAAUUGGAGUCCAGAGUACGCACACUCACAGAAAGUCUCAUUCAGAAACAGACUGUUCUGGAAGCCAUAAGCACAGAAAAAAACUCCCUGGCUCUUCAACUGGAAAGGCUUGAGCAACAAUAUAAAGAUGUCCAGAUGUCUAUAGGACGUACCACUUCUUCUGGAAUAUCUGUAAAUGAAAAUGAAGAUGUUCGACAGAGACUGCCAUUGUUUUUAAGGGAGGCUGCCACAGACCAUGAAAUGACACGUCGUAUGAAGCGAGCUGCAAAUACCAUUGAUAAAUUUAGUGUAAGAUUAGGAGUUUUUCUACGCAGAUAUCCCAUUGUACGAGUAUUUGUGAUAGUGUACAUGGCCUUAUUACACCUGUGGGUAAUGGUGGUUCUGCUGACAUAUAAACCAGAGAUCCAUAAUACCAACUUUCCAAAUUAAAAUCACUGACACUUUUCAGUUGUAUUUCAACUGGUGUUUGUAAAUAUUUGUAUAAAAGAAAACAAACAAAAUGAGGGUUACAAAAUGGAUGUUUUUUUUUUUUAUUAUUUGUUUCCACAAAUAAGCUGGAAUAGAAGAAGAAAGUGAUGCUUUUUAAUGGCAGUGAUAGUGAUGUCUCUACUGCAACCUGUGGUUUUUAUUUUCUUUGUGGUUUGCUCCAAAUUAUAUUUGAAGCAGUAUUAAUAUAUUCUGGAGAAAUAAUAUAUAAAGUCUCUCUUUCUCUGACUAUA